GAACCACAUAUGUCAUCAUGGAGGAUUGGCUGAAACGACGUAAAGAGCUCAAGAAUAUAAAAUUUGAUGAUAAUAAUGUAAAAUUUAAUCAAUUGCACAUAAAUCAAAAAGAUUUCAUAAAGCUCAAACUGAUAUCGAAGGGACAGUUCGGCAGUAUCGAGUUAGUGAAGUGCAAGCUAAAUGGAUCAUUUUACGCGUUGAAGGUUAUGAAUAAGGGCUUCAGUAAACGUAAUAUCGGCUUCAGCAAUCCGACGAAUGAGAAAGCUGUACAUCUAUUAGCAGCAACGAGAAAUACUAGUAAUUGCCUACCACUCGUAUCAGCUUUCCAAUCACCUGAUGAUUUAUUCAUCCAACUUCCGCUAGCGAUAAACGGGAAUUUACUCGAAUUAUUAGAACAAAAUACGCGUUUUGAAACUAAAACUAUAAAGCUCUACUCGUCACAGCUCUUAAAUGCUCUUACUUGGUUACAUGACGAUAUUGGCUGGUUACAUAGGGAUAUCAAACCACAAAAUAUCCUAUUAUCAUCAAAUGAUCACAUACUCCUCACAGACUUUGGCGCUGCUGUGCCGCUUCUUAACAAUACUCGUAAAGCUAAGAAAUCUGACAGCUUAGGUUUGGUCGGUACAACAGAUUAUGUCUCACCCGAGAUACUGCUGGCUGCAGAAGAAUACUUGAUUGCUGAGCAGACGGGAUCAUCUAUUCAUUAUGAUGAGAAGUCGCCUGGAUUAUAUGGUCCUGAGACAGAUUGGUGGAGUUUUGGUGUUGUCCUGUUCGAGCUCGCGUACGGAGUUACGCCAUUCUUCGCAGAAACUGUUGGAGAGACAUACAACAAGAUCAGGCAACGCAGUUACACACUCGGGCAAGAUACGAAUGGGGAACUACGCCAUUUACUUGAUUGCCUCUUUAAACCCCAAACUGAGCGCUUAGGUUAUUAUGGGACAAAGGAGGUACGCAAUCAUGCCUUCUUCAGACACACAGAUUGGGAAAGCAUGUCGAAGCGUAAAAUCCAAACUACAUACUUUGACAAAACGCUCGAUGAACUGGUUGAAGAUGACAGUAUUGCCGUAGAACAACCAGCACCUCAAAAGGCGUUCGAUUUCAGUGCAUUAUUCCAAGCAGCCGAUUCAAUAAGUUUGGAAGCCUUCAAUGAAUCUUUCCAACAAUCUAAUAAUUGGAAUGAAUUCAAUUAUAUACCACCAGUACAAGAUUUAUUCCCGUCAUAUCAUACAAGGAAGACACCUGAAACACCAUUCAAAUUGUCGUUCAACAAUACGACAUCGACGCACAAGAAUAGAAACUUAUCAGAAGAGCAAGCGUUUAUAGAGAUGCAGCAAUGUGUUGGACUGUCUGCUAAGAAGAGGUUGGAUUAUAGCUUCAACUUGGAUACCCUCCCUCGAGCAGUCUCUUACAGCAGUGAUUUAUCAUCUGUCGAUGACAACACUCAGAAUGAUGGAGGCGGCUACCGAGAAUCUCCAUUAAAGAGGGUAGAAUCGCGAUCGAGUCUGUCACGUAUGAAUUCUCAGCAAUCGGUACACCAACCAAGUUUGUCACGAAUGAACUCCCAACAAUCUAUCCAUCAUCCUGGUUUGUCACGGAUGAAUUUCCAACAAUCUAUCCAUAAUCCUAGUUUGUCUAGAAUGAAUUCUCAGCAAUAUGUCAAACAACCAGCUAGACCGGCACUGAGGAAGAAUUUCAAGUCUUCACCCAAUAUGAGAUUAGAUAGCGGCCCACGCGAGAAUUCAUUAUCGACCAGAGCAAGUUCAUCUAGGCUCGCGCGACCAUCUAGACUUAACGUUCUCGACGAUUUGCCAGAAAACGAAAAUAACAAUCCAACCACAUCUACACCACAUGCUCCGAAGAAUCUGCACUCUAGGAUGGAUAAUUUGAAAAAACGCCAUGAUGCAUUGCUUAAAGAUCUUAACCAGACUAGUAGGAGGCAUGAAAAACUCCUAGCGAGAUCAUCAUCUAGGCAAAGUUUAAGACAGUAGU